AUACCAGCAAGCACGAAACCGCAGCGUAGCCCUACACUUUCCCAAUUAGGGUGGUUCUGGAACGAAGAAUCACUCAUCGUCGGAUAAUAAAACUCAGAAGAAUACGCACCGGAGAUACAAACCCAGCGAAAAUAUUCAACCCAGUACUUUUUUCAAACCCCACUCCCCCAAAAAGAAUAGAAAAACCCAUUAAAUCGAAGCUCACAAAGCCAAUAAAUUAUUAACUGUUAUUGGAUGAGCUAAACUGGGAAAAGAGGAAGGCAUGGCGGAGAAUGCAGAAGUUGAUGAGAGGGUGGAUCUCGAUGACAAUUACAUGGAGGAAGAGGAUGAUGAUGUUGAAGAGCAUCUAGAGGAGGAUGUGGUGGAUGAUGGUGGCGAUGGAAAUGGGGAAGAAAAUGAUGAAGAGGAGUAUGAGGACACAAAAUCUGGGGUGAGUGGAAAAGAUCAAUCAUCAGAAAUAGAAAGAAGCCACAUUGAAACAGAGCAUGUGGAAGAUGAAGAAAAGCCUGUCGCUUCUGUUAGUGAAGAAGAAAAAGAGAAGCAUGCUCAACUUCUUGCCUUGCCUCCCCAUGGUUCUGAGGUUUUCAUUGGAGGGCUUCCAAAGGAUGUCUCGGAAGAAGACUUGAGAGAACUUUGUGAACCAAUAGGAGAAAUUUUUGAGAUAAGGUUAAUGAAAGAUAGGGAAUCUGGUGAAAGCAAGGGUUAUGCUUUUGUGGCAUUCAAAUCAAAAGAGGUUGCACAAAAGGCAAUUGAAGAGUUACAUAGUAAAGAGUUCAGGGGUAAAACAAUAAGGUGUUCUCUCUCUGAAACUAAAAACAGAUUAUUUAUUGGUAAUGUUCCAAAGAGCUGGACUGAGGAUGAGUUCAAGAAAAUCAUUGAGGGUGUUGGUCCUGGAGUUGAAAAUGUUGAACUAAUAAAGGAUCCUCAAAAUACAAGCCGUAAUCGUGGUUUUGCUUUUAUCUUAUACUACAACAAUGCCUGCGCUGAUUAUUCCAGGCAGAAAAUGUCAAGUGCAAAUUUUAAGCUGGAUGGCAAUACCCCUACUGUCACCUGGGCUGAUCCCAAGAGUACACCUGAUCAUUCUGCUGCUUCCCAGGUGAAGGCUCUGUAUGUCAAAAACAUACCUGAUAACACUUCUACGGAGAAACUAAAGGAAGUUUUUCAGCGCCAUGGGGAAGUGAUAAAAGUGGUAAUGCCACCUGGAAAGGCUGGGAAGCGGGAUUUUGGGUUUAUACAUUAUGCUGAAAGGUCAAGUGCUUUAAAGGCUGUCAAAGAUACAGAGAAAUAUGAAAUAGAUGGCCAAGUCUUGGAGGUUGUCCUUGCCAAGCCUCAGACUGAUAAGAAAACUGAUGCAGCAUACCCUUACAGUGCUGGGCUUCAUCCAAACCAGCUUACGCAUCCUGGGUAUGGUGGUUUUACUGGAGCUCCAUAUGCUUCUGUAAGUGCUGGAUUUGGUGUUGCUACUAGUUUUCAGCAGCCAGUAAUAUAUGGAAGAGGGCCAAUGCCAUCAGGGAUGCAAAUGGUACCCAUGGUUCUACCAGAUGGCCGAAUUGGAUAUGUCCUCCAGCAGCCUGGAGUGCAAAUGCCACCUCCUCGUCCUCGAAGAGUUGAUCGGAGCAAUGGUCCAGGUGGACCAGCUGGACGAGGUGGCAGUAGUGGUGGCGAUGAUGGCAACCGCAGUAGAAGGUAUCGGCCCUAUUAGUCUGUAGAAGUGUAGAGACAUGUUGUAGCUUUUUCAGGGAAACAGGUGACAUUGUAGUUGGAUGACUGGUUAUGCAGAAGAAAAUAACAAACUCCUUAACUCUCUCUCCUCUUUCA